AUGACUGUGGUUGCUUCAUCACAGGAGAACGAUGCCUCUGUCAGAUUGAAGAUUGCUUCCUUGCUGGGUUUGUUGUCAAAAACUGCAGGAUUUUCCCCAGACUGCAUUAUGGAUGAUGCCAUCAACACGCUUCAGAAUGAGAAGUCUCACCAAGUCCUUGCUCAGCUGCUGGACACCCUCUUGGUAAUCGGCACAAAACUCACGGAGAAUCCCCCUGUCAGAAUGAGACUGGUGGAGGUAGCCUGCAAGCAUCUGACAGAUUCAUCCCAUGGUGUAAGAAAUAAGUGUCUUCAGUUAAUUGGCUGUCUUGGACCAGUGGAAAAAGGUGUUGCAAAAGAAGCUGAAAGUCAGUCUGCCAAAGAUGUCCAGAAGAUCAUAGGGGAUCACUUCAGUGACCAGGACCCUCGGGUUAGGACUGCAGCUAUAAAAGCCAUG